AUGUCCGGAGCAGAUGAUCAUGAGAUCAGAGAUGUAGAAGAAGGGCAACAAGAAGACAGUAGUGAUUCUCAAAAUAACAGUAAAAGAUCAGGGUUUUGUUCAUCAAAUGCGACAGUUCAACUGCUCCAGAAGCUGAUUGCAGAGAUGGUGGGGACAUACAUGUUGAUAUUUUGUGGCUGUGGAUCAGUUGCAGUCAAUUACAUAUACGGUUCUAUUACAUUUCCGGGAGUAUGUGUAGUUUGGGGUCUUAUUGUGAUGGUUAUGAUUUACUCCGUUGGUCAUAUCUCUGGUGCUCAUUUCAAUCCUGCAGUUAGCAUCACUUUUGCCAUUUUUCGACAAUUUCCGAUCAAACAGCUACCUUUAUACAUUCUGGCACAGUUUGUUGGGUCACUUCUUGCUAGCGGCACAUUGUACAUCCUGCUUGAUGUGGAAGAUGAGGAUUUCUUUGGGACAAAACCAGUAGGGCCUCAUGGUCGUUCUUUUGUAAUUGAAUUAAUCACCUCCUUCCUCCUAAUGUUCGUCAUCUCUGGCGUCGCAACGGAUAAUAGAGCAAUUGGAGAAUUAGCAGGAAUUGCUAUUGGAAUGACAAUAAUGUUAAAUGUCUUCAUUUCAGGGCCAGUAUCGGGGGGAUCCAUGAACCCUGUUCGGAGCUUAGGGCCUGCUAUUGUUAUGCAUAUAUAUACAGGAAUCUGGAUUUAUAUAAUCGGGCCGGUCAUCGGAGCCAUCCUGGGAGGCUUUUGUUACAAUUUGAUUAGAUUUACAGAUAAACCUCUCCGUGAAAUAAGCAAGAGUAGUACAUUAAUCAAUAGUUUCAGGAGUUAAUCAAGACCAGUUCAUUAUCAACCUUUUAAUUAGCAAUAGGCUUCAUUCCAUCAUUUGUUGCCCCAUAUGUACAAAUAUUUCAUUACGGGUAUCCUAAUACUGGAUAUUGUCAAAAGCACAGGACACAUAACACCUGAAAUGUUUGAGAAGAGGCCAUUUUGCUUUGAGGAAUUCCACCUGUUCCCUGCUUUGCUCCACAAUUGUUGCCUAUUAAUUUGGAUAUUCCUUGAAUGGCCCAUGUGGUUACUGAGUCUAUUCAACUCACUACAGGGUUAUAUAAACACAAUGUUUGAAUUUGAUAGAGA